AUGAGGGUUCUGUCCAGUCUGGUUCUGGUCCUGAGGGACAUCUGGACGCUGUCCUUCCUCAGAGACAUCCUGUGUGAGUUCUUAGGCACCAGCGUCUUCCUCUUCUCCAGCCUGGCCUCAGUCCUGCUGUGGCCCUCUGAGCAGAUCUGGGAACCCCCUGGACUCCCCGAUGGCCUAUACAAUGGUCUCUCUACUGAUCUCUCCGCUGGUCUCUCCACCGGCCUACUCACCGGUCUCUCUACCAGCUUGUCUGCAGGAGUCUCCCCAGACUUCUCCCCUGCUGUUCCCCCAGACUCAGCCUCCAGGCCACACCUGCAGUGUCCUGCUCCAGGUCUCAGGGUGGCACUGGCGUUCGGGACCUCCGUGGGCCUGGUGGGGCUGUGUCUGGGUCCCGCCUCCUCUGUGGGCGGGGUCCACCUGAACCCGGCCGUUACCUUGGCGCUGGCGGCUGGUCUGAGGAUCAGCCCCUGGAGGGCGACCCUGUACGUGGGCGGGCAGCUCCUGGGGGCAGUGUGUUCCUGCUGCGUGCUGCUGGCUCUGCUGCCUCCUCACCUCCGAGACACGCUGGCUCUCAACCAGGUAUCAGAGGGAGUGCGUCCGUACCAGGCCGUCCUGGUAGAGAUGGCCGUCACAUUCCAACUGGUCCUGUGUGUCCUCGCUACUGCACGCCCCAAAUCUGCCUUCCAUCUCCCAGGCCCCCUAUUGGUCGGCUUGUCUGUCACGCUUGGUCACCUGGUGGCGAUCAGCUACACAGGUUGUGGGAUGAACCCAGCCCGGUCGUUCGGUCCAGCGUUGGUCACUCUCAACUUCACCAACCACUGGGUGUACUGGGCGGGGCCAUGUGUGGGGGCGUGGCUAGCCAGCCUGCUGCAUGACCUCCUGCUCCACCCACGAUGGAGUUGCCCUGGCGACUGGUGGGCGGAGUUUAAGGAACUCUUUCCAAAGGAUCAUCAAAAGCAGCCCACCACUUUAGAGAAUGCAGCCUGACUGUGUA